UCAUUUACAUUCAUUAUAUAUAUAAUGUUUUGUGAUUCCCCAAUUUUCAAACUCUCUCAUAAAUAGAUCUACCAUGCUUCUUGCUGCUACAUCAUCUCUGCAACACCACAACCUCUCCGGCUAUGUCUCUCUCACAACCCAAUACUAUUCUCCUUCCAUAUAAUUUACCCCAGACCCACAGAUGGUGCUCCAACUCCUCCUCAUCCGUCACAAUCACAGCAGCUUCUCUGGACCCUGGAGUUAAAAUAGUGACAGACACUAAUGUUGCUGGUCUGUGUUUUCAGGAAACUAAAGAAAGAAUUAGAAAACUGUUCGAUAAGGUAGAGCUUUCUGUAUCUUCGUAUGACACUGCUUGGGUAGCAAUGGUCCCCUCUCAAAAUUCUUCUCAGGCCCCGCGUUUCCCUGACUGUGUUAAUUGGUUAUUGGAUAAUCAGUUCUCUGAUGGCUCUUGGAGCAAUCCGCAUCGUCAUCCCCAGUUACGUAAAGAUGCACUCACAUCAACAUUAGCAUGUGUCCUUGCACUCAAGCGAUGGGGUGUUGGUGAAGCUCAAAUCAACAAGGGUCUACAAUUUAUCGAGUUAAAUUUCACUUCAGCUACUGAUGACAAUCAACAUCAUCCAAUUGGAUUUGACAUCAUUUUCCCUGGAUUGCUUGAGUACGCAAAAAAUUUGGACUUGAAUCUCCCUCUGGAACCAACAGAUUUAGAUGCUAUGUUUCACAAGAGAGACUUGGAGCUCAGAAGAUGCUAUUCUGAGGGGAGAAAAGCUUACUUAGCAUACGUUUCAGAAGGAAUUGGGAAGCUAGAGGAAUGGGAAAUGGUCAUGAAAUAUCAGAGGAAGAAUGGCUCAAUCUUGAAUUCGCCAUCCACUACAGCAGCUGCUCUUACUCAUGUUCAGAAUGAUGGUUGUCUGAAUUACCUCCACUCACUCUUACUGAAGUUCGGUAAUGCAGUUCCAACAGUUUAUCCUCUGCAUAUACAUGCGCGUCUCAGCAUUGUGGACAGUCUUGAAAGGCUGGGAAUUGAGCGAUAUUUUAGGAAGGAAAUUAGGAGUGUGUUGGAUGAAACAUACGGAUGCUGGCUACAGGGAGAAGAAGAGAUAUUCAUGGACAUUGCCACUUGUGCUAUGGCAUUUCGGUUAUUGCGGCUGCAUGGAUACGAUAUCUCUUCAGAUCCAUUAACCCAGUUUACCAAAGAAGAGUAUGACUUUGAUUCCCCAUGGGGACACUUGAAGGAUAUUGGUGCUGCCCUUGAAUUAUAUAAGGCUUCGCAGAUCAUUAUAUAUCCCGAUGAAUCAGAUUUGAAGAAACAAAACUCAUGGUCCAAUCAUUUUCUGAAAACAAAAUUAUGCAAUGGUUCAAUUCAUUCGGAUAGACUCGAUAAAUAUGUUAUCCAAGAGGUGGAUGAUGCUCUUAAAUUUCCCUUCCAUGCUAGUUUAGAGCGCAUUGCAAACAGGAGAAAUAUCGAGCAUUAUAAUGCAGAUAGUUCAAGAAUUUUAAAAACUUUGUAUUGUUCAUCAAAUGUUAGCAAUGAAGAUUUUUUUAAACUGGCAGUAGAGGAUUUUCACAUCUGCCAGUCUAUACACCGUGAAGAAAUCAAUCAUCUUGAGAGGUGGGUUGUCGAGAACAGAUUAGACAAGCUAAAGUUUGCCAGGCAGCGAUCAGCAUACUGUUACUUUGCCGCUGCAGCAACCAUUUUCUCUCCUGAAAUGUCUGAUGCCCGCAUGUCAUGGGCCAAAAAUGCUGUGCUCACGACAGUAGUUGAUGACUUUUUUGACAUUGGAGGUUCUAUAAAGGAAUUAGAAAACCUAAUUCACUUGGUUGAAAAAUGGGAUGUAAAUUUAGGCAUCGACUGCUGUUCAGAGCAAGGUCAAAUCAUAUUUUCAGCACUUCACAGCACAAUCUGUGAGAUUGGAGGCAAAGCACUCACAUGGCAAGGACGUAGCAUGACAAGCGACAUAAAAGAGAUUUGGUUGGAUUUGCUCAGCUCUAUGAUGAGAGAAGCUGAAUGGGUUAGAGACAAGUCAGUGCCAACAAUGGAUGAAUAUAUGAGAAAUGCAUAUGUAUCCUUUGCCUUGGGACCAAUUGUCCUUCCAGCUCUUUAUUUCAUUGGACCCAAGCUCUCAAAUGAGGUUGUUUGCAGUUCCGAAAUCCACAAUCUAUUUAAGCUUAUGAGCACUUGUGGACGUCUUCUCAAUGAUAUCCAGAGCUUCAAGAGGGAAUCAAAGGAAGGUAAACUGAAUGCCGUGUCAUUGCACAUGAUUAAUAGAGGUGCUAUCACUGAAGAAGAGUCCAUUGGAGAGAUGAAGAGGUUCAUUGAUGGUCAGAGGAGAGAAUUGCUGAGAUUAGUUUUGCAGAAAAAGGAUAGCAUUGUUCCAAGAGCCUGCAAGGAUUUGUUCUGGAAAAUGUGCAAAGUGGUGCAUCUAUUUUACGCGAAGGAUGAUGGUUUCACUUCACAUGAGAUGAUCAGUGCUGUGAAUGCAGUCAUUCAUGAACCCAUUGCUUUGGUAAAAGUGUAAGUGUUAGAGAAGCUCCAAAAUUCUGUGAUUUUGCUAGCUGCUACUGCUCCUUCUUUUUUCUUUUCUUUUUCUUUCCUCUCUCUCUCUCUCUCUCCCUAUAUAUGUAUGUCUAUCUAUCUAUCUAUCUAUCUAUCUAUCUUUUGAUUUUUAGAUUGCAUGUUGACUACGACUUUGAUGAAAUUUUCAUUCUUAAAAAAUGUUUCAAGCCCUAUCAUUCUUUUUGUGAUAUAUUGGUUUCCCUUGACUAGACUUAUUUUUUCUC